UUUGUCCUGACGUCAUCCGUCCUGGCGCGACCCUGCUGCUAUGUCUUUGAUUGGAGGGAAACCCCGUGGAAGAGCGGGAGAGAUCAUCAGCUGUGCAGCCGGGAAUCAGGAGCGACAUCGUCCAACAUCUCUCAGAAGCCAUGGCAGACAAGGAAGAACUCGUACAGAAGGCCAAACUGGCCGAGCAAGCUGAGCGUUACGACGACAUGGCCGCCGCCAUGAAGGCCGUCACCGAGAAGAGCUCGGAGCUCAAUAACGAGGAGCGCAACCUCCUCUCGGUCGCCUACAAGAACGUGGUGGGGGCUCGGAGGUCCUCGUGGAGGGUGGUGUCCAGCAUGGAGCAGAAAUGCGACGACACCUCAAAGGCAGCGCUGGCCAAGGAUUACAGGGAGAAAAUUGAGGCGGAGCUGAAUGAGAUCUGCAAGGACGUUCUGGAUCUUCUUGACAAGUAUCUGAUCCCCAACACCACAUCUCCUGACAGCAAAGUCUUCUACCUGAAGAUGAAGGGGGAUUACUACCGUUACCUUGCUGAGGUGGCCACUGGAGAUAACAAGGGCUCUAUUAUUGGGAACUCUGAAGAAGCCUACCAGAAGGCGUUGGAUAUAAGCACCGCGGAAAUGGAGCCCACACAUCCCAUCCGCCUAGGUCUCGCUCUGAACUUCUCCGUCUUUUACUAUGAGAUUGUCAACUCACCAGAAAAGGCCUGUCAGCUGGCCAAAUCGGCUUUCGACGAGGCCAUCUCCAAGCUGGACUCCCUUAACAACGACUCCUACAAAGACAGCACCUUGAUCAUGCAGCUGCUUCGUGACAACCUGACACUAUGGAUGUCGGACACCCAGGGAGAGGGCGAGGCAGAUGACACCGAAGUCGCAGCUGAGAAGAAUUGAACUCAAAUGGAAGAAAAAAAAAACAAACAAAACAAUUUUUUUUCUUUCUUUUUUUUUUUUUUUUUUUUUAAACCUCUCACCAGCCUAAGUUGUGUGCGUGGUUGCGUGUGCACAUACAUUCAGAGACAUGUAUGUUUACUCACAAUGUGUAAAGUACAGUGUGUAUGUGCAGAAACAUUAGUGCGUGUUUGGUAGUUGUAUGACCACUUACACGGAGAAAAAGUGCGACGUUUUCUGUUUACCAUGACUCAUCGUAUGGACCAGCUCAUGUUAGGAUCUACUUCUUAGAUCCGAACCUGCUCUGUGCUCUUUAGCAUCAGUACAGAAAGCUGCUUCGAAUCCAAAUGCGAUAUUUAGUGAAAAUUGAAUUUUUGGAAUCCCUUAAAAAUAAAAAAAUGGCUUUUUGACUCAAUUUAAGCUGCGAUAAAAGCAAUAGUCUGUUACUGGCUUGAUCUAUUCUGGUAUAUUUUAGCAUUUGAAGCCAUCCUACCCCUUUGGUGUCCAGUGUAGCAGGUUUUGUGGACGGUACACCUGAUUUGUAAGUGCGUUCAGGCUAGUUUUCUGUGUGAAAGGCUACUUUGGUUGAUGUGUUGAGAGGAUUAUUAUUCCGCCGUGAAACGAGAACCUUUUUGCAGUUUUGCGUAACAGCCGGAGACGAUGCGAACAACUUGACGAAUGGCUCGAUACUGUAACUUUUUUGAUAUUUUCUCUUUCAGCAGUGCAGAGGAUACUUUUCACCAUGUGCUUUUGUGGCUUUCUACUCUUUUUCUAUUUCCAAUGUUUUUUGUAAUCUUUUUUUGUGCCCCUGUUCGACUCCUCAGAAUAGAUUCUCAGUCGUCUGGUGUGAGGGUAGGCGUUCUGCGGUAGGAUUUAACUUUACCCAGCUUGUUUACAAUAACCUUUUGAGAAAAGAUGGUGUAAUACAGUGCUAAGUAUACAUUGAUUGUCAAAGUAUCAUAGAAAGCUACACAAAAGCCAUUUAGUAGUCACAACUUUGUGCCAGUUCUUCUUAAAUACUGUUUUCUUUCUUUUUAAAUAUUCAGGAUUGAUAAUUUUACCAUGUGGUUGCAUCUAAGUGGAAUUAAAUUAUAAAAAUUGAGUGUGUUGUACUCUUUCUUUAACUGUCUACAUUUAACGCAUCCUAUUUGUGGACAAUGUGGUUAAAAUGUCUACUGAAUUAAAAUAUUUAAGAAGCCAUUGUGAAAAUUUGAUACCAGUGUGAAAAACUCCUCUCUUUUUUAAGUUUUCAUUAAAAAUGCUGCCCUCUACUGAUGAUGGGUGUUUUGCAGGGAAUCACAAGAGACUUUUUUUUUUUUUCCUUUUGUUUUCUGGUAGCUUUGGCUCAGCCUCGUGCUUUCCAAUCAAAGCAUUUACAGUGAAGAUCAACCUCCUGAUACUGAAUAAAAAGUAAGCCCUCUAUAUAAAUGUGUACCAUGAGCUUUCAGUGUGGUCUGAAUAAUAAAAGUCAUCUUCAUCUUUA